CGCCCCCUGCCUUCCAGCGGCUCACUCGGGCUCCACCGCCGCUUCUCGGAGCACUUUCCCCGGGACGAAGGAGCGCGGAGUCCCGGCCGGCGGUCUCGUGAACCCGGCGCGGCUCCCGGAGCGGCGCGACCCCGCGGCGGCUAACGGCUAACGAACACCGACUUUUACCGAGUUACCGCGACCUCGCGCCUGCCGGGUGCACGUGCCCUUCUGCCGGGUCGCUUUUGAAGUGUGGCUAUGGAGCCGGACCCGGGCGACGUGGACUCUCCGCUCGGCGGACUGAGCCUCCUGGACCCGCUGCUGGACCGGAUCCUGGCGGACUCCGUGUGCCAGCAGCAGGGAUGGCUCCGGGUUUACGACGUCAGAGGCCCUCCGGCUCACCGCUUCUCCUGCGGCCAGAGCCCGUGCGGCGGCGUGUGGAACAGGAAGUUGUGCCUGCUGACGGACAGCCAGCUCAUCCUGCUGCAGCGGAACCACGAGGCUGCAGCCGAGGCCCAGGGCCCCACUGACCCUUCAAAGGGGCGGAGCCUCCGGAGGACCGUCAGCGUCCCCUCAGAGGGUCAGUUCACAGAGUUCCCACCAGAGGGCGCCACCGCCAUGCUCGAAGCGGAGCGCUCCCCGAGGAGGCGCAGCAUCUCGGGUCUGGGGAGGGACGAGAAGAACAACACGCCCACCUCCUCGCCCUUCAAAGUGCCGGGUUUCUUCAGUAAGCGUCUCAAAGGCUCCAUCAAGAGGACGAAGAGUCAGACCAAACUGCACCGGAACAUCAUCUUCAGGUCCCGGGGCCUCCCCCAGCUGAAGGAGGCCUCCUCCCACGAGUCCCUGCUGAGCCCGGGCAGCGCGCUGGAGGCUCUGGACCUGAGCCUGGAGGAGGAGGUGCUGAUCAAGCCGCUGCACAGCAGCAUCCUGGGACAGGACUUCUGCUUCGAGGUGACGUACUCUGGAGGCAGUAAGUGUUUCAGCUGCUCUUCUUCCUCAGAGAGAGACAAAUGGAUGGAGAACCUGAGGAGAACAGUGCAGCCCAACAAGGACAACUGCCGGCGGGCGGAGCACCUGCUGCGCCUGUGGAUCAUCGAGGCCAAAGACCUGCCGCCCAAGAAGAAGUACUUCUGUGAGCUGUGCCUGGACGACGUGCUGUACGCCCGCACCGGCAGCAAGGCGCGGCAGGACGGGCUGUUCUGGGGCGAGCACUUUGACUUCGGCGGCCUGCCGGCCACGAGCAACCUCACCGUGCACCUGUACCGGGACCCAGCCCGCAAGAACAAGAAGGACAAGAACAGCUACGUGGGCCUGGUCAACAUCCCGGUGGCCGGCGUCACGGGCCGCCAGUUCGUGGAGAAGUGGUACCCGGUCAGCACGCCCACCGCCAGCAAGGCCAAGGGGGGCGGGCCCUCGAUCCGCAUCAAGUCCCGCUUCCAGACCAUCUCCAUCCUGCCCAUGGAGCAGUACAAGGAGUUCGCAGAGUUCGUCACCAACAACUACGCCCUGAUGUGCUCGGUGCUGGAGCCCGUCAUCAGCGUCAGGAACAAGGAGGAGAUGGCCUGCGCGCUGGUGCACAUCCUGCAGAGCACCGGGAGGGCAAAGGACUUCCUGACGGACCUCGUGAUGUCGGAGGUGGAACGUUGCUCUGACCACGAGGUUCUGAUCUUCAGGGAGAACACGCUGGCCACCAAGGCCAUCGAGGAGUACCUGAAGCUGGUGGGCCAGAAGUACCUGCACGACGCACUGGGUGAGUUCAUCAAAGCUCUCUAUGAGUCCGAUGAGAACUGUGAGGUGGAUCCCAGUCGUUGCUCCAGCAGCGAACUGGAGGAGAACCAAAGUAACCUGAAGAUGUGCUGCGAGCUGGCCUUCUGCAAGAUCAUCAACUCCUACUGCGUGUUCCCCCGCGAGCUGAAGGAGGUGUUCGUGGCGUGGAGGCAGCAGGGCGUGGCUCGCGGCCAGCAGCCGGACAUCAGCUGGCGUCUGGUAAGCUCCUCCCUCUUCCUGCGCUUCCUGUGUCCGGCCGUCAUGUCGCCGUCGCUCUUCGACCUGAUGCAGGAAUACCCCGACGACCGCACGGCGCGCACGCUCACGCUCAUCGCCAAGGUCAUCCAGAACCUCGCCAACUUCACCAAGUUUGGAACCAAAGAGGAGUACAUGGCCUUCAUGAACGACUUCCUGGAGCACGAGUGGGCGGCCAUGAUGCGUUUCCUGUCUGAGAUCUCCAACCCGGAGACGCUGUCCACCACGCCGGGGUUCGAGGGCGACAUCGACCUCGGCCGCGAGCUGUCGGUCCUCCACGCCCUGCUGUGGGAGGUGGUCUCCCAGCUCGACAAGGGUGAUAAUUCCUUCCUGCAGGCCACCGUAGUGAAGCUGGGUCCGCUGCCGAGGAUUCUGGGGGAUAUCUCCCGCUGCCUGUCGGCCACGCCCACCCUGCAGCUGCGACGCCUUCAGGACCUGAGUGGCAGCCUGUCGUCAGGGUUACAGCGCAUCUCUGAGGACGCCGCAGACAGCCUCCGGUCUCCGGCGGGCGGCGUGAUGGAGGGCAGCGUCUCUCUGGUGGACCUGCAGGACGGCCUCCACCACGAGGCCCCGCCCCCUCGCCUCAGCAGGGCGGGCUCCCAGGCCUCCGUGGCCCCGCCCCCCCACUCCAACCCUCUCACCCCGCAGCAGACGAGGCCGCCGCCCACAGCCGGGGCGCCGCAGAGCGCGCCGCAGGCCAGGCGGCCGCUGCCCCCGGCGCCGCUGUCCUUCCAGAACCCCGUGUACCACCUGAGUAACCACGCCCACCGGGCCGCCGGCUCCGCCCACUCCAGCUCGGGGAACCCGAGCACCGAGAGCUCGCGCGACAGCCGCGGCGACUCGGACAACUCGGGCGGCCGGGCGGGGGUCAAAGGUCGAGAGCCGUCCGGCGGCGGGCGGAGCGAGGGCCGCUCCGCGCCGCGGCGCCACGCUCCGCCCGCCCUGCCGCCCGGCGCCGCCACGGCGGUCGCCGUCCCCCGCCAGAGCACGACGGCGGGCACCGCCCACAUCGUCAAGGUGGAGCAGCAGAGCAGGGCUGGGGGCGGGGCCAGGACGCCGCGCCGCCUCCCUCGCGCCGACCCCGAGCCGACGGCGCCGCCCCCCGGCCUCGCCGUGGAGAACGUGGCUCCGCCUCCUCAGAGCGCCGCCAAGCAGCCGCAGCAGGGGGAGGCGGCCAUGUCUCCGGUGGAGAGGACGGCAGCCUGGGUGCUGAACAACGGCCAGUACGAAGAGGAGGAGGAGGAGCAGGAGGAGCAGGAGGAGGAGGAGGAGGAGGGAAAGGACUCUGAGAAGUACGAGCAGGAGAUCUCUCGGCUGAAGGAGCGCCUCCUGCUCUCCUCACGCCGCCUGCAGGAGUACGAGCGCCGGCUUCAUUGUCAGGAGGAGCAGCUGGAGCAGAGCGAGGAGCGACUGAGGAGGCAGCAGGAGGAGAAGGAGAGCCAGAUGAGGAGCGUCAUCUGCAGGCUGAUGGCGGUGGAGGAGGAGCUUAAACGCGACCACACAGAGAUGCAGGCGAUGAUUGAAGCCAAACAGAAGAUCAUAGACGCUCAGGUAUGGACCUUUAUUACGGCCAACUCUCGGCUGAUGGAGGCGCUGACGCAGGUGAAGGAGCGCUGCAGCUCGCCGCUCAACGGCCUGUCGCCUAGCAACCCCACCAAGCUGUCAAUCACGGAGAACGGAGAGUUCAAGAACAGCAGCUGCUGAUUGGCCGGCCGGGACAACGAGAGGCGGGGCUUAAAGCUCUGAACGAACAGAGUCUAUAAAUACUGAAGUGUAAAUACUGUGUGUGUGUGUGUGUGUGUGUGUGUGUGUGUGUGUGUGUGUGUGUGUGUCAGCGUGAGGAACAAACAAACCAAAACUAAAAUGCACUCGAGUUUUCUAACAGAUUAGUUUUAUUGUUCUUAUUUGAAUCUGUUUGAGGUUUUGUUAAGUUUUUUUUAAAGUUUUUUUUUACCCGA